AUGGCAGAACAGGUGAGCGGUAUGGAGCCUGGCCGCUUCGAUCCUACGAUACCGCAUCUGCUGCCACAUGAAAAUAUGUACAAGAUUCAGGUUGGUACGAAGCUGUUCAAGAUUAGUGGCGCUUCUCUCAGCUCUGAUGGCCCUAGCUUUUUUACCGAGAGGUUUGCAGGGACCAAGUCGCAGGGCGAGAAUGUGCUGUUCAUAGACCGGUCGGCAGAGAUCUUCGAGCUGAUCUACCUGCACCUGCAGGGCUACUUCAUCGAGAUCAAGGAUGAGGUGCAGUUCACGAUGUUGUUUGCGGACGCGAUGUACUACGGACUGCCCCGGCUGCGGGCGCUGCUGAGGGAGUACGAGUACUACUUUGCGAACAUCAGCGGAAGGACGUUCAAGAUUGCCAGGAGUCUGUUUUCCAGAGAGGGCGACUCGCCAAACUACUUCUCGAUGACCUCAAAUGCGCUGUAUGCGGACUCGCAUGCUGGGGUGUUCAUCAACAAGAAGCUGAUCAGGCCGCCGCCGCAGUCUGCGCUCUCGGUGCCGCGGUCAGCGGAGCUGUUUCAGGAGCUGCUGCAACUGCUUGGCGGCGCGUCUUUGGAGCUGGACGACAAGAGACGCGAGUCUCUGAUCAAGGAGUGUCGUUAUUACAGGUUUUUGAACCUGGAGCAGCGGCUGAUCAAGGCUCGCGCGUCGUUCAAUCAGCUCACCCAGGGUGAGACCAUCCUGCUGGCUUUGAAGGAUAUUGCGAGAAACGGCGUCAGCUUUAACCAGUCGAGCAAGCCAAUGGCACAGGAUGGCUGUUGUCCGACCGCAACGACAGGCGAGAACACGCCGGUGUCGGUGUCGGACGACCAGCAGCCGCUGCUGAAGAAACCCAAGACGGACGUCCCAGCGGACAAGGCCAGGAAAAACUGGAAUCUGGCACAGUACAAGAGACCGUAUCUCGACACCCGGACGCGCGACCUUCUCUUCCAGAUCGAUACCAUGGAUUGCACUCUCAUCUUCAACCGCCAGCGCAAGACGGUGCACCUGGAGAUGAUGGACCAGGCGGCGAUGCAUUUCGAGAAGGUCUUCGCUGCGGUGCUACACGAGAACGAUGUGGACCUGUCCAAGUUCAGAAUAAAAGACCAGAGAAAGAGCGCGCAUCUGGGUCUCCCCGCAUGCCUUUCGAUCGGGGACUGUGUAGUGAACGGAUCCAGAUGUUCUCAGAUCUACAGACUUGUUGCAGAGUCCAGCUGCGACGAGAAAGUCGUUGAUCUCACAAACGCGGACAAAUUGUCUUACUGCAGCGGUCUGCAAUUGCACUUAACAAAGUCUAUCUGGAAGUUGGGGGUCAGCAAUGGAGAUAUAAUACUGAUAGCGCUGAAGGUAGACGCCUUCACUGGAGCUCGGGAGUUUUGUAAGAAGCUAGAUUAUUUAUAG